AUGAGCCAUUGCGAAUUUUCAGAAUGGAGAAUCUAUAACGUAGAUGAAAAAAAGUAUUAUGGAUCAGUUGGUAGCUCAAACAAUCUCGAUUCCUUCAAAUUCUGUCUUUCAGCGAAUUUCGAACCACCUUUAGUUGCAGAAUUCAAAUCAGAGGAUGUGAAUAAACAAGCAUUGGAUCAAGGAAUUGUUGUCAAAACAGACAGUGACGUUUUUGCUACAGUCUGGCAACUUUUCAAGAGCCCCACGUCUCUUCUCCGGCUUUCCUUGGCCGACAAUAAAAUAAUUGUGGACUGUUUACUCUUUGGCAACGUAGCAUCUAGGCUAACUUCAGAAACUAUAAUCAUUGAUAGUUCAAGUUCAUUGGCAAUUACACAAGCUAUUGUUAAAUCAUUGUCGUGUGCUUUGGGUGUGCAAACAGGUAUUGUAGACCACCUACACAGAACCGUAAUGCAGAAAGAUCAUGCACUCGCUUUUUUGGCCGCAAGUAUUCGCGAUCUAGGCUUCGACGAUGUCAUCCGACGGUGGGCACCUAUGAAUUCGUUGAAUGAAAAGACUUUAGACAGUUUUGACUUCGAGAAGUGGUUGACCGAAUGGGCUUCGACUCCAGAUGACUCAAGCAAAAUUUCAUCGCCAACUGGAAGUAAGGUCGAUAUAGAAGACCUGAUGCUGAGAAAAGUAAAUGUUAAUAAGGAGCGUCGAAGACAUUUGCCUGAAAAUACCGCUAGCACCUCGUUUGUCGCCGAUGAUUUCGGUUCUUUCAAUUCAGAGACACAAAACAGCGGUUUGUCUGAGAUAUAUCCUGCAGAACUUACAAAGGACCUUGAUGAAGCAGUUAAAAUAGAAGAUUCAAGACUGAAGUCGCCCGUUAGUGGUCUUGAAAAUAUCUCGGAAGCCGAAAAAGACCAAAAUGUAAAACGUCAACAGACUCCAUCUAGUGACGUUGCCAAAUCUUCUUCGCCCGAAACCGUCGUUGAUCGUUCUCCAAAUAAGAAGAAGCGUAAAUUUGGUAGAGUGCGCGUGGAUUAG